AUGAACACGGCCUUCAAUACACGCAGCUGCCGGCGUUGCAGCCAGAAGAAGAUACGAUGUGACAAAGCCCAGCCUUGCGCGAGUUGCAUCAAGUCGGCCUCGGAGUGCGUCUUCCCAGGCCCCGAUCGAGCCCCACGACGCAAAAAACAGCCACUAAAGGCACAACUGGUUUCGCGCCUGAAGUCCCUGGAGAAGGAGGUGCAGAAUCUGACCGAAAAGCUGGAGACUGUGAAUCACAACUCAAGGCGUCACCCCCAGCCAGCAGAGAAGAGCAGCGCCGUGAAUGGCGAGCGCGGGAAAUUGUUUGUGGACAGAGGAUCCUCCCAGUAUAUCAACCACGAGGUGCUUGUUGAUUUAGAAACACAGGCGAUCCAAGACAGUCAGCACUGCAAGCAUCGCCUUGAAAAAGCGAAGGAUGAGUCUGAAACGCAAGAGGUGCCAUCAAUUGGCGGGGAGCAUAAAAUGGUACCCGGCAAUGGAUUUCUAUUCCAGCAUUCGUCGAUUGCAGUUUUCCUAUCCGACUUUUACCCCAACAGCGUCCAGCACUCUAUCUUAUGGGACUUGUUCGAAGAGAGUAUUGCCCCGUUGACCAUGAUUUUCCAUAAGCCAUCGCUUGCUAAGACCUUGAACGGUGCAGCUGCAACGACUAGUCCCGACGACAGGGCCUCCGAGGCCGUGAGGUUUGCCGUGUACUUUGCUGCUAUCACCAGCAUGGACCCAGAGCGAUGCAAACAUGUAUUUGACCGGGAACGUGGUAGUCUGCAACAACACUAUCGAUUCGCUACGGAACAAGCAUUAGCGCGUGCCAACUUUCUUCAAUCGCACAACCUGACCGUGCUUCAAGCCACAAUCCUCUACUUAACUUGUCUACGUGGGGAAGACGAUGCCGCCUUCGUCUGGGCUAUGACAGCGGCUGUACAUCGCAUAGCACAGGGGCUAGGGUUACAUCGCGACGGUACAUACCUUGGACUAAACCCGUUUGAAACAGAAGUACGACGCCGGCUAUGGUGGGAAUUAUACUUAUUAGACUGCCAGUCUUCCGAGUUUCGUGCCAUUGGUACGCAAGUCAAAGUGGGAACAUACGACACCGAAUUACCCCUGAAUAUUCAUGACUCGGAUAUAUCGCUAGAGUCAAAAUCGUUCCCCAACGAACGAUACAGCUUCACUGAUGUGACAUUCUGUUUGAUACGGUGUGAAAUGACGGUGCUCAUUCGGCAGCUUCGCCCAGAUCUGCAUAGUAGCACCGGCGGUCGCGGCGAAGACAGUUCACUGGACAGGUGGGUAACAGCCACAGUCAUCCGCCUGGCUCUUGCCCGAUCAUGGUUGAUUGCCCAUCUCCCCGACGGUAUGUCCGCGGCAGAGCAGAUAUCGUCGACCGCACUCUCGCAUGUGAGAUCCCUUAGACAGGAACGACUCUUUGUGACGGCAAUUGAAGUACUAGAGUUUGCGUAUUUGCUCGAGACCGACCCUCGCACCAAGCAGUGGUCAUGGGUCUUCGAGGGAUACCCGCAAUGGCAUGCAGCCAUUUUUGUCCUGAGGCAGAUUGGCGUUGGACCACAAACAAUGCUGACUGACCGAGCCUGGGCUGUAGCAUUUAAAGUCGUUACACGCUGGAGAAACAAUGACUUCCAAAAGGAUGGGGUGACCUCAGAAUUGGUGUCUCAUCUUAUGGAGCAAGCUGCAGUCGCACAGGGGUGCACCUGGGACGGAGGAGAGAUCAAAGACGAGCCACAAUCACCUCCUGAUAUUGUAUCAUAA